AUGACCUCAUUACAUCAAGUGGUAUAUUUUAUCUUUUUUGUCUCAGUUUCUGAUGGCUGUGUCACUACGCUCUUCAAAGACACCAGCUUUCAAGGAGGUGACAUCGGUACUGUUUUCACACCGAGUGCCAAGUACUGCCAACUGGUCUGCACCCACCACCCACGGUGCCUGCUCUUCACGUUCAUGGCUGAGUCAUCUUCGGAUGAUCCUACCAAAUGGUUUGCUUGCAUCCUGAAGGACAGCAUCACAGAAACGCUGCCAACGGUAAACAUGACAGGAACAGUUUCUGGAUAUUCGUUCAAGCAAUGCCCUCAGCAAUUAAGUGCUUGCAGCAAAGAUGUCUAUGUGGACCUAGACAUGAAGGGCAUGAACUACAACAGCUCGGUCGUGAAGAACGCUCAGGAGUGCCAAGAGAGGUGCACCAAUGAUGCCCAUUGUCACUUUUUCACAUACGCAACAGGGCGUUUUCCCAGUGUGGAGCAUCGUAAAACUUGUCUUUUGAAGUACACCCAAACGGGGACACCAACCAGAAUAACGAAGCUCAAUAACGUGGUGUCGGGAUUUUCACUGAAGUCCUGUGGACUGUCUAACGCGGCUUGCAUUAGGGACAUUUUCCCGAACACGGUGCUUGCCGACCUCAACGUUGACAGAGUGCUGGCCCCAGACGCCUUUGUCUGCCGACGCAUUUGUACGCAUCACCCCACUUGUUCGUUCUUUACAUUCUUUUCCCAAGAGUGGCCGAGAGAAUCUCAAAGACAUCUUUGCCUCCUUAAAACAUCUGAAAGUGGAUUACCAAGCUCGCGCAUUACAAAGAACAAUGCGCUUUCUGGCUUCAGUCUCCAGCAUUGCAAGCACAGCACCCCAGUAUUCUGCCAUCCGUCCUUCUACAACGACACUGAUUUCUUGGGAGAAGAAUUGGAUAUUGUUGAAGUGAAAGGCCAUGAAACCUGCCAGAAAACGUGCACCAAUGCUGUCCGCUGCCAGUUUUUUACCUAUUCCCCAUUUCGAGGAUCUCGCAAUGAAGGCAACCACAGGGGCAGAUGCUCCCUAAAACUGUCUUCAAAUGGAUCUCCAACUAGAAUACUUCAUGGGAGGGGAAGCAUCUCUGGAUACACUUUGAGGCUGUGCAAAAUGGAUAAUGUGUGCACAACCAAAAUCAAGUCCAGGAUUGUCGGAGGAAGUGCAUCUGUUCACGGUGAGUGGCCGUGGCAGGUAACCCUGCACAUCACCUCGCCCACCCAGCGACACCUGUGUGGAGGCUCCAUCAUCGGAAACCAGUGGAUACUGACAGCCGCUCACUGCUUCUCUGGGACAGAGGCAUCUAAGCACCUGCGUGUCUAUGGUGACAUUGUCCACCAAUCAGAAAUAAAUGAAGAUACAGCUUUCUUCAGGGUUCAAGAAAUCAUCAUUCAUGAUCAAUAUAAGGCGGCAGAAAGUGGGUAUGAUAUUGCCCUGCUGAAACUGGAAUCAUCGAUGAAUUAUACAGAUUCUCAGCGGCCGAUAUGCCUACCUUCCAAAGGCGAUGAAAACGUGCUAUACACAGAGUGCUGGGUGACUGGAUGGGGGUACACCAGAUUAAGAGGUGAAGUACAAAAUACUCUCCAGAAAGUCAAGAUACCAUUGGUGUCAAAUGAAGAAUGUCAGACAAGAUACAGGAAUCAUAAAAUAACCAGCAAGAUGAUCUGUGCAGGCUAUAAAGAAGGGGGGAAGGACGCGUGCAAGGGAGAUUCUGGAGGGCCGCUGUCCUGUAAGCACAAUGGGGUCUGGCACUUGGUGGGCAUCACGAGCUGGGGUGAAGGCUGUGGCCAGAGGGAAAGGCCAGGUGUCUACACCAACGUGGCCAAGUAUGUGGACUGGAUUUUAGAGAAAACUCAAACGGUAUGA